GGGCGGUGGUGGUGGUGGUGGGGGGGGCAGAUAUCCGGGCUUUUAAGGGGGUAUAGGCGAGCGAAGAAGCGAGCAGCGCUGUGAUGAAGCCGAGGGGAAUAUGGUGCCUCGCAGCUCCCCCUCCGCGACCACCACGCUCUACCUGUAGGUUUGUAGGCCAUCCCCAGGGAAAGACUCGCCUCUGUUUCUCCUUCCCCUCUUGGCAACCCUGACCCUUCGACACACCCAGUGUCCCUCUCCCCAUCCCCUCGUUGUCCUGCCACCAAGUCCUCUUUGGCUCCCCAACGAGUUCCGCUCACGUUUUAAAAAUUGGGUGAUCCCUGACAGUCAUACAGCGACAAGGGCAGAUCAAAAGGAUUCUGGAACGUAGAUCUAAGAAAGGUGCAAAAGUAGAACCGAUACGAGAUGAUCGGAAGGGAGUAGCCGGGAUGGCACGCAUCCACAUGUGCAACACGCAGUCGUGUGUGUUCUCCGAUUAACUGGACAUGCUCAUUGACGUAGGAGACGAGGCCCACUGGUUCUCCUACAAACGCGACCCGCUACCUGAGCACGUUGAGUCGGAGAUGAGUUGACCAGGAUGACUUGUCACUAAAGAAGUGUGUGACACAUCGGCAUUCUUCUCCAACACGGUUCUUAACUCAUCUCGACGCUCACACGGCUGUAGAAGCGGGGUGGCUUUUCCGAUCCAUCUCAGGUGUGGCAGGCGUGUUCUUGAGUAACCAAGGCGGAGCAGGGCUGUAGCGCACCUCGGCCGAGCUCAAGAUGAUGUGCGAGGUCAUGCCUACCAUCUCCGAGGACGGGAGAGGUGGGGUCGGCGGAGGUUCCUCUUCCCCGGCAGGGGGCGGGAUGGGGCCGGGUGGAGGAAGCGGUGGCUCGGGCGCCAUGGGAGGCGGGUACGGGAGCAGGGAGUCGAGAGGGGAUGAGGGAGGCAGCACUGGGAACUUGGAGUCCCUCAUGGUGAACAUGCUGACGGAGCGCGAGCGGCUCUUGGAGAGCCUGAGGGAGACGCAGGAUAGCCUGGGGACGGCGCAGCUGCGGCUCAGGGAGCUCGGCCACGAGAAGGAGUCCUUACAGCGGCAGCUCUCCAUCGCCCUGCCACAGGAGUUUGCAGUGCUGACCAAAGAGCUGAACAUGUGCCGGGAGCAGCUGCUGGAGAGGGAGGAGGAGAUCGCCGAGCUGAAGGCCGAGCGCAACAACACACGGCUGUUGCUUGAGCACCUGGAGUGCCUGGUGUCCCGCCACGAGCGCAGCCUUAGGAUGACAGUGGUGAAGAGACAGGCGCAGUCCCCCGCAGGCGUCUCCAGCGAAGUGGAGGUGCUCAAGGCCCUCAAGUCCCUCUUUGAGCACCACAAGGCCCUGGAUGAGAAGGUUCGAGAAAGGCUUCGUGUCGCGCUCGAGAGGGUGUCUGUCCUCGAGGAACAACUGGAGUCUUCCAGACAGGAGGUCCUCUCUUUAAGAGAACAAAUUAAACGGCGGCAAGGGCUGGAUGGCGGGAAAGAGAGAUUGCCCAACGGGCCCUCAGUGCUCGAUGAUGGGGACAUAGACAGACAGAAAGAAGGAGAGAUCGAGCGACAGAGAGCAGAACUCUCACAGCUGAGGGAAAGGUUGGCUCUCAUGUGCCGACAGGUGGGAGAAAUCGAGGAACAGCUCGCCUCAGCCAGGAGGGAGGUCACGAAAUCCGAGGAGGCCAAUCAGAAGCUCCAGCGCGAUGUCAAAGAGGCGCUGUGUCAAAGGGAGGACAUGGAGGAGAGAAUCACCACUUUAGAACGCAGGUACCUGAGUGCCCAGCGGGAGGCGACCUCUCUCCAUGACAUAAAGGACAAGCUGGAGAACGAGCUGGCGAGCAAGGAGUCUCUGUACAGACAGAGCGAGGAGAAGAACAGGCAGCUGCAGGAACGGCUGGAUGAUGCCAAGCAGAAGCUGCAGCAGACCCUGCAGAGGGCCGAGACCCUGCCGGAGAUCGAGGCCCAGCUGGCGCAACGGGUGGCCGCGCUCAACAAGGUGCCUCAAGCCCCCCUCCCACCCCGAACCCCACCCCUUGCCCCACCCCGAACCCCACCCCUUGCCACCUCCGUUCCCAUGCGCCUGUCUUGUUCCCGAGGACAAGUGCGUUUGACUCACCGCGAUCAAUCCUUCCGCCUCCGUUUUGUCAUCCAGGCGGAAGAGCGCCAUGGCAACUUUGAAGAGCGCUUGCGACAGAUGGAGGCACAACUGGAGGAGAAAAAUCAGGAGUUACAGAGGGCGAGGCAGAGGGAGAGGAUGAAUGAUGAACACAACAAGCGCCUCUCGGAUACGGUGGACAAGCUGCUGUCCGAGUCCAACGAGAGGCUGCAGCUCCACCUGAAGGAAAGGAUGGCGGCUCUUGAAGAGAAGAAUGCCCUUUCAGAAGAGAUCGCUAACAUGAAGAAGAUUCAAGACGAUCUUCUAGCAAAUAAGGACCAGCUCAUGGCAGAGCUGGAGAGACUUCAGCUAGAGCUGGACCAGCUGAGAGGGAGGCCUGGUUCCUCCUACUCCAGGUCUCUUCCAGGAAGUGCGCUGGAACUGAGAUACUCCCAAGGUGGCGGGUCCCUCCCAGCAGGCUCCACCACACACCUGGAUCACUAUGGGAACGCAGCCCCAGGAGGUGUGGUUAGGCGGGCUCCUCGUGGGCGAUGGGGUCCUGCCAGGGAAGAUGCCAGCAAGUAUGGGGAGUGGGACAGUAGUAGCUUGCUAGCCCCUGGCUUCGAGGGCGGCGUGGAGGGCGGCUGCUCCGAUGACGAGGAGGACCGAGAGACGCUCUUCGGCUCGGAACUUCUGUCCCCCAGUGGACAGACGGACGUGCAGACGCUGGCCAUCAUGUUGCAGGAGCAACUGGAGGCCAUCAACAAGGAGAUCAAGUUAAUUCAGGAGGAGAAGGAGAGCACCGAGCUCCGGGCGGAGGAGAUUGAGAGUCGGGUCAGCAGCGUAGCCCUGGACGGCCCUCCGCUCCCUCCCACGUCUUUGGGUGGCGGGAGAGACGGCACGGGGAGAGGCUUCAUUCCUCCUUCUCUGACCUCCUCUACACUGGCUUCCCCCUCUCCCCCAAGCUCUGGACAUUCCACCCCCCGCCUGCCCCAUUCCCCAGCCCGGGAAACGGAUAGACAGAACAAUAAGGAGGAUGAGAGGUCCCUGGCCCUCCUCGACUCGACCCCUCCACCCACUCCCCGUGCUCUGCGGCUGGACAGGAUGAGCCAUACACACCCGGGGGCAGGGCUCGACGAUCACAGGGAGUUCCGCAGCCUCUCUGCUGAUUGCAGCAGCUCCAACAGCAGUCAGGACUCCCUCCACAAAUCCAGCAAGAAGAAAAGCAUCAAGUCUUCCAUCGGUCGCCUUUUCGGCAAGAAAGAGAAGGGGAGGAUGGGCCAGCCAGGCCGGGAAUCGGCAUCUCUUGCCUCCACGCCCUCCGAUGACGUCGGGCCCACGGAUCCUCUGGGCCUCACAAAACUCACUGGCUCUGUGGACAAAGACCGCCGUAGCAAAAAGAAACAUGAGUUGCUGGAGGAAGCUUGUCGCCAAGGGCUUCCCUUUGCUUCCUGGGACGGACCCACUGUGGUGUCCUGGCUGGAGCUGUGGGUGGGCAUGCCAGCAUGGUACGUCGCAGCCUGUCGGGCGAAUGUGAGGAGCGGUGCCAUCAUGGCCAACCUGUCAGACACAGAGAUCCAGCGGGAGAUCGGCAUCAGCAACCCGCUCCACCGGCUCAAGCUGCGGCUCGCCAUCCAGGAGAUGGUGUCCCUAACGAGUCCAUCGGCACCUGCCAGCACACGAUCCUCUACUAGUAACGUGUGGAUGACGCACGCCGAGAUGGAAUCACUGACAGCUGACACCAAACCUGAGCUGAAGGAGAUUAGCUGGGAUCAGAUCCUGGCCUACGGGGACAUGAAUCAUGAGUGGGUGGGAAAUGAGUGGCUGCCCAGCCUGGGCCUGCCUCAGUACCGCAGCUACUUCAUGGAGUCCCUGGUGGACGCACGCAUGCUGGACCAUCUAACCAAGAAGGAGCUGCGAGGCCAGCUAAAGAUGGUGGACAGCUUCCACAGAGUGAGCUUGCACUACGGCAUCAUGUGCCUGAAGCGUCUCAACUAUGACAGGAAGGAGCUGGAGAGAAGGAGGGAUGAGAGCCAGCACCAGAACAAAGAUGUGAUGGUGUGGUCGAACGAGCGCGUGAUGUGCUGGGUGCAGUCGGUGGGCCUCAAAGAGUAUGCGGACAACCUGAGGGAGAGCGGGGUCCACGGGGCCCUGCUGGCUCUCGAUGACACUUUCGACUACACAGACCUGGCACUGCUGCUGCAGAUCCCCAACCAGAACACACAGGCCAGGCAGCUACUGGAGAAGGAAUACAACGCUCUAAUUUCAAUGGGAACCGAGAGAAGACCAGAUGAGGACGGCACAAAGACCUUCACCCGCUCUCCCUCAUGGAGGAAAAUGUUCCGAGAGAAGGACCUGAGGGGCGUCACCUCUGACUCAUCUGAGACACUACCCCCCAACUUCCGUGCCUCGGCUAUCUCAACACCCUCAGUGACCCUGAGGAAGGUCCAAAGUGAGGUCAGUUCUGGGUCCAGAGGAGAGUCGGGAUCAGUGAGGACUUACUCCUGCUGAGGGAUUCUUUGUAGGGCUCGGUGGACUUUGGCUCAACUCAACUGAAGAUAAAAACACAGAAAAACAUCUAUAUAUAGACAAUUCUGCAAUAACAGAAAGACAGAAGAAUGCAAGAGAACUCUUGGAUGAGGUGCGAUGACAAGUAAAUGUGUUUGCGAUGCAGCGAUGGGGAGUCCGCGGAACGGGGAAGGAUUCCGGCGUUUCUCUUUGUUUCAUCCGCAGCUGUGCUCUGAAGCUCUGCUGAGUGGCACUUUUAGAAACCGACGCCAGAUGUUGGCCAUCGGGCCUCCGUCUGCACUCGCUUGUCCGCGGAGGGAGGCCCGCGAGCGUGCUCGUUUUCCCUCACGAGAGCGCUGUAGGAUGGUGACGCGGUUCCCGGAGGACAGCGGGAGGAAAGCGCGUUCCUUAGGUGGCCACGAUUUUGCUCAAUUUCUUCACUCAAGCUUAAGGCAGGACCGGCGGGUGCCCGCGCCGCCGAGGCAUCGGGGAGGCCGUGGAAGAAAACGGCACUGUUUGUGUGUUACAACAGGGACGGUACGGUGUUCCAGUGAGUGUGUAUGCAAGUGUACUGUUGUGUGCUUCUGUUUUCAAGGUUAGUUUAUCCUGUUCUCCUACAGCCUGCGCAAAGCGCACAUGUAGCGUGUCCGUCGAAGCAGCCGAAAGAAGGCGAGAGAAAAUUUGCAGAACCCCUGGUCCGAGGGCAAGGAACGUCAGUAGGUUUACGGAUGCUGAAGGAGUGGAUUUAUUAAUGCAAGCCAUAACAAAAUCAAAAAGAUGGACAGUGAGCGGACAGAAGGAAGAGGGACGGAAGGAGAAUCGCCGAAGAAACUAAAAGAGUUGGGAGUAGAGGGAACAGGAUAACGAAACGAACUUCUGUGUUAAAAUGCAUGACAAAACAAACAAACAAUGAAUUCAAUUUUAAUAAGAGAAGAAAAUAAAAAUCGAUAAAAUUAAUUAUUAAAUGAGGUUAAAGCUAGGGUAAGCAAUUUGUAAAAUGUGCGUAUUUUAUUUUUUAUUUUUAUGAUGACCUACUUAUCUGUAUGUAUUUAU